CGAAUCAUAAAACAUUGAUACCUUCCUGCUGCAGAUUUGAUCGAUCGAAUCCACGCUUCAUCAGUCAAGUGCCUUUUCCGCUCGUGGUUUAAUAUUUACCUCUGCGCAAGAGUCACCCACAAAUAAACACAAUUCCACAAGCGCAGCAGCAAAUCUUCAAUCUGACUCACGAGGAAUUAUUAUCACACUUAUCAGUCGGUUCGGUAUCAGCUGGAAUGAAUCAGACGCCUGCUGCCUUCGGACGGUUGGUAUGAAGCCAUAACAUAUCGCAGUUCUGAUUUAAGGCAAUGCGAUAACUGGUCUAUCAUAUCAGAAAUCAGCAAGUAAAAAAUCCCCUACUGCAAAUACUAUUUUGCCUGAUAAACCCGAAAAAAGGUGGACUGUUUCACAAGUUAAUUUACCGAGAGGUUCGAUAGUAGAUUCGUGUCAGUUCUAAAAGCACCGUCGAACUUCUAGCAUCGUCGAGCAGUUUUCGGGGAGAAAAUCAUCGAUUAAAAUGGAAUCGGAAAAGACUAAUCCACCGACUUACGAUCAGCUUCAUGCGCCCACCCAAUCGGCCUAUCCCCAUCCAGAGCAGCCCACGGCGUCCACCUCAUUCAAUAUCAAUCAGCCAACCACCGUGAUCAUUUCGAGCCCAAAUGUCGGCCCAGACCCGACCACCAUGGUGUGCCCAUCAUGUCGGGCAACCAUCGUUACCCGGUUGGAGUAUGAAACCACCACCAAAACGCAUAUCUGUGCCGCCCUACUGUGUCUGUUCAUCUGUUGGCCCUGCGUUUGCAUCCCCUACUGUUCGACGUCGUGCCGAGAUGCGAACCACUACUGCCCCAACUGUGGAUCAUUUAUUGGAACGUACAAAAAGUAAAAGCCCCACGCGAGUGGAGCAGCUUUCGAUGUUACCCAGCGUUAUGUGUGACGCAACGAAGCUUUUUACGCCUAGACGAAUAGUAACUUAGCGUGUUUCAACCGUUAUCGAAUCAACCGAAUAGAGCGCGCCAUUUGUGAACGAGGUGGGUCAAGUAUGGGGUGGAGUGAUACAAGGCGCGGGAGGAUGGUGUGGUGCAAAUGUUUUUCUUUCAUCCAGUUUGGAGGCCGUGAGCAUAAAUUAAUUUGUGUUUAAGAGUGUAUAGAAGCAACAACGCUGGCUCUAUUCUAUGUGUGUCAGUUAGCUAGCUGAGUGAAUGCGCAAAACAACCAGCUGCGAAAAAAGGUGUUCAUUUGAAAAUGUAUGAUUUAGUGACUACAAAAAGUGGCCAUCCUAGGAAGAAGCAACUAUACCUUACUAUGCCACUCCAAGUAGACUGAAAAACGGAAAAGUGUAAUGUAAUCAUUCAUUUAUUGGGCAACAUCGUUGCGAUGGUGCCGAACUACAGAAACAGACCAAAAAUCAGAGCAGUAACAGAGAGGAUGGCUAAGUGCGAGGCAGAGCAGCACAAAGAGUUCGGAAAAGUUUGUUUUAGAAAUAUUUUAUCGAGGUUAAAGUAGUUGCACCGAGAAACAGAUUCAGUUAACGAUAGGGUAAUGUAAGGCAAAUUGUAACCUUAAGAAAUGAAGUUAGAGCA